UAGCUUCCUUCUCUAGCGGAGUGACUUCACUUCCCAAAAUUAGAGGAAAAAAACCAUCCGGCUAAACUGUCUCUUUCUCUCCGCGACAUCUCGGGGGCUGGAAUUAAUUCAGGCGCGUGUCAUGUUUGGAAUAUUGUUGGGGUACACUGAAAAUUGCACAAAAUGGACGGAACUAUUAAGGAGGCGCUAUCAGUGGUGAGUGAAGACCAGUCCCUGUUCGAGCCUCCCUACGCUGCUGCCGCGCCGCUCGCCAAGACGGACAUGACGGCGUCCAGUGCUCAGGAUUACGGACAGGCCCACAAGAUCAACCCCGUCCCCCCCCAACAGGAGUGGAUCAACCAGCCCGUCCGCGUCAGCGUGAAGCGCGAGUACGACCACCUCAACGGAACCAGGGAGUCCCCGGUGGACUGCAGUGUGGGGAAAUGCAAUAAGAUGGUGAGCAGCUCCGAGACGUCACAGAUGGGUUACGGAGGCUACAUGGACGAGAAGAGUGCCCCACCCCCCAACAUGACCACCAAUGAGAGAAGAGUAAUCGUCCCCGCAGACCCGUCCCUGUGGUCUCCAGACCACGUGCGGCAGUGGCUAGACUGGGCUGUGAAGGAGUAUGGUCUCCUGGAGAUCGACACGGCCAUGUUCCAGAACACGGACGGAAAGGAACUGUGCAAGAUGACCAAGGAGGACUUCCUGAGGCUCACGAGUGUCUACAACGCUGAAGUCUUGCUCUCACAUCUCAUUUAUCUCAGGGAAAGUAGCUCAUCGCUAUCAUACAAUGCACCAUCUCACACUGACCAGUCUCCCCGGGUGGCCCCAAAGGAAGAUGUCUCUUAUGAUGCUGUGCGACGAACUGGCUGGUCGAGCAAUAUGCACAGUGGCAAGGGCUCCCCGACUGUGGUCUCUCAGAACGUGGCCAAGAGUUCUGAUCAGCCUCGGUCUCAGCCAGAUCCCUAUCAGAUCCUUGGACCAACAAGCAGUCGACUUGCCAACCCAGGGUCAGGUCAGAUCCAGCUGUGGCAGUUCCUGCUGGAGCUGCUGUCGGACAGCGCCAAUGCUGGCUGCAUCACGUGGGAGGGAACCAACGGUGAGUUCAAGAUGACAGACCCGGACGAGGUGGCGCGGCGCUGGGGCGAGCGCAAGAGCAAACCCAACAUGAACUACGACAAGCUGAGCCGCGCCCUCCGCUACUACUACGACAAGAACAUCAUGACCAAGGUGCACGGCAAGCGCUACGCCUACAAGUUUGACUUCCACGGCAUCGCCCAGGCUCUGCAGCCCCACCCUGCUGACUCCUCCGUCUACAAGUACCCGUCCGACCUGGCCUACGUGCCUCCAUACCACGCGCACCAGCAGAAGGUCAACUUCGUCUCGCCGCAUGCCCCCUCCAUGCCCGUCACCUCCUCCAACUUUUUUGGCCCCACCAACCCUUACUGGAGCUCCCCAACGGCAGGAAUCUACCCAGGUGCCAGCGUUCCUCGGCACCCCAACUCCCACGUUCCCUCCCAUCUUGGCAGUUACUACUAAAGCCCCUCCCCUGGCCGUCAUGGCAACUCUCCUGGCUGCACUCGGAUACAAAAAACAAACAAACAAACAAACAAAAAAAACACAAACAAACAAACAAAAGUUAAAAAGGAAGAAAGUAAAGGAUGCUGGGAAAAGAGAAAAUGGUUACGCUUCUCUUUUUGAGCAGAACUCUGGCUGAAUUUGCAAAAUGAAAAACUGUUUGAAGAAAUUGGAAGGAAAGAGAAAUUUGUGGGGGAGGGAUUAAACCAAAAAAAAAAAAAAAACCCACAACUGGACGUCAUGUUUUGAUCCACUUCGAAAUGGAGUACUACUUAUUCACAGGACAAGUGACUGGUUUUGUGGAGUUUGUUUUUGUGGACUGUUUGUCUGGAGUGCCUGCAUCUCCACUUGUUUUCGUGCCUUUCUAUCGCUGACAGUAUGGGCCAAAGCAGUAUGGGCCAAAGCAGUAUGGGCCAAAGCAUCUCUUCCACACACACACACAUAUACACACACACACACACACACACACACACACACACACACACACACACACACACACAUCAAACAUAGACGCUUAAUUUUACCUUGAAAUGACUGAUAAUUGACUGAUAUAGUCACUGAAAAUCCACCGCUGUAAAUCGCCACGUUCUGCAAAUGUGAACUCUCCUCAGGCCAUGACGUGGCCAUGUCUGGACCUGUGCCAGGCUGUGGAGCAGCAUCGUAGCACAAAGAUCAUCCCAAAAUGGCAGAGGCUGCAAUUGCUCUCUCGUAUGCUUAUGAUGAGCGUAACAUUCCAGUGCUUUCAAAUAACUCGGGCCUGGCCAUGUGAUUUCAACCUGUUUGCCCACCUGUCCCCUCUCCUCUAAAAGGAGGGAUUCAUUCUAGAUUAUCUGGCAACUGGAACGUGUUGCCGUUCACUUCUCUCCUGCCGUCCUAACUGGAAUGCUGGAGCCCUGGCAGCGCGUGAGGGAAACGCUGUAGCUUUGCCCGUGAGGUUUGUCCCAAAGUGUGCGCCAGGCUAGCUUGCGCUAAACAUAUUAUUGCACAUCUAGUUCCUCUCCAUCUUGAUGGCAGAGUCAGUAUUAGUGCCCACUGACCUUCUCAGUCACCACAAUUCCCUGAUUUCUUUUUUUUUAAUGCUGUACUUGCAAGUUCCUAGUAUUUCCCAGUGUUUCAAAACAUUUCCAGCCAAUGGGUCAGUCAUCACAACCCCAGUAGUAAUAUUCCAAUAACUGGUAACUGGUAAGGUAACUGAUAUCAGUCAGUUACUGAUAGGGAUACAUAGUAUAGUAAUUCCUCAAUUAUCACUGAAAGGUGUCUAGAUGCUAAAUGUGGUUGGUCAAGUGAAAAUCAAACACUGUAAAACGAUAAAAGUGUUUAAAGCCAAACUACAAGGCUAGGUCUGGUGUGAAAAAAUGUCCAUGAGGCAGAUGAUAAACUUCAUCUCACUUGGUGUUAAUUUUAAAGCAAUUUUAAGUGGUUUGUGUUUCACCACUGAGCUAUACUGUGUUUGUAACUUAAUUUUCCAGUGAAAAUUCACUAUAUUUAAACCAACAGUAAUUUCACUUAAAAAAAGUUCCUUAACUCAUAACCUUUGCCAGUCCUUACCUGAAGCUACUUAGCUCACUGAACAGUUGAAUGUGGACAUUAUGCAAAGUACCUCUUAAAGAAAACUUUAAUUAAACAAGUUAGCCGUUUAAACAAUACAAAAGGUUGACACCAUAGAGAUCCUCAGAUUCGCAAACGCUGUGCGUUUGUCAGACCUAUUUGCUAUUAUUUUUUAAUCGAUGGUCAACUAGGCAUUAAAAAGCAUCUUACUGUAUAAAUUAUGCAGAGUUAUUUUCAUAUGUGACAGUAUUAAAAGAUCAAGAUAAUUAAUACGAGUUGACCUCGGUCAAAAUGCAAACUUUUUUAAGCCGUUUCUGAAGGUAGUAUGUACAGUCUUAAUGUUUUUGUGUCUGUACAUUUGGACAAUAAGUUUAUGAAUGUUUUUGUUUUUGAUGUGCUCUGUGCCUUGCCACUGCGAGGUAAAAAAUAAUUGAUCUGUAUGUUGUUUUUUUUUCCUUUGAUGAUACCACAAAUGCCUUACAGACAAUUGUUGUCUUUAUAGACCACAAUCACAAC